AUGCAGAUUGCACACAUCCUAAAUCUUGGUAGCCACAACAAAGCGAAGGGCAAUCCUUUAGAGGCAGAACUCUCUCGUCGCCGUUUCUGGGCUUGCCAUCUUAUCAACUGUCACAGCUCAGAGUCGAUGUUUGCGAUCAAUCCGCCGGACAAAAUUGCGGCCCUGCCACUUCCCUGGUGCGACAGCCAUUUUGAUUGUGGGAAAUCCGAAGAUCAACCCGUAUAUCUUGAUUCGGAUAGCACCAAUGGUGGAAUAUACAGCGAGUUGAUCAAGGGAAUGACAAUCUGGUCUUCCGUAAAUACUUUGAUCAAGUCAUCCACAUUGAGCCAGGAGAACAGACAAGCCGCGAUAUAUGAGCAUGACACGGCUGUAAAGAAGUGGUGGAGAGGAGUUCCUGAUAGUUUUCGCCUCACACCUACAGCACCUACGAACUUGGCAACAUUUGAUCGUGUGGAUCUCAUGAAAAUUGUCAUGAUCAAUACCAUUUACCUGCAGUCUCUAUGCGCCUUACAUUCUUCAAUUGUACCGCUGUUUUCCUGGGGACCAUCCAAUUUGACCUCGGAAAUGGCUCAACACUUCUCAGCCCAGGUCGCGUACCAUAACGCGUGCCUGCUCUCAGAACUUCUCGGAAUGUAUCUUGAAUAUUCAACUGAUAUGGCAGGAAUUUCCAGUUACAUCGGUUUUGCUGCUUAUUGCAGUUUUGCCAUUCAAGUGCCUUUUAUCAAAUGCCUGAACCCGACUGUCAAGGAAAGAGCGAAAAGAAACACUGCCAUCAAUCUUCGCGUUAUCAGAGGCUUGAGCGAAUACUGGAGGUUUAUGACUUUAGUCGAGAGAUAUGCAAGCUACCUCACAAAGACACAUCUCCAGAAUGAUCUCAACCUGGAAGACGAGCCAAAAGGCCUUGAUCCUGGAAAACUUACCGGAUUUCGCAUGAAUGCAUCAAGAGCAAGAGCCUCAAUCUUGAGCCUCAAUACCAUUCUCUGGAAGGAUGAUGGGUAUACGGUAGAAGGCGAUGAAGUUGCGGACAUUGGACCAUGUGAUAGUAAUGAGUCUCCAGAGCAACAGUUUCCAUCUGAGGUACUCAGCUAUGGAUCAUUUGCCGAACAAAAUCAAGGCCAACCCUCCCUCAACCACUACAACCCAUUGUAUAAUUCAUGGGCUCCCAAUAUUCCUGGAGUGUCUGACAUCAGUGGUCAGGAAACCUCCGACUUGUUUCAGCCGUUAUUGAUAUCAUCCGAAAUGUUCGCUUCGGAAGAUUUGACCUUCUUCGAAGAUCCACCGCUGAUGAACCCAACAUUCCACACUCAAAAUUUAAAUUUGGAUGAUACGUCAUUUGAUCUUGGUGCUCCAUUUCUGACCAGAACUUAG